AUGCCUAGAGACCGUGGCCCUCAGCGAAAAACUAAGGCCAAGGUUCCAAAACCACCGCGAGGUUCUGGCCUCAAUCCAUCGGGUGAACCGGCGACUGACCAGCUUCGUAUCCCUACUGAACAACCACAGAUGAGCUCUUUCACCUUCGACGCGCAUGCGCCCAGUGCAGGUUGGCAAGGUGAUACCGAUAGUGGACUUCCCACUCAGAUGAGCGCCUCAAUGCAUAGCUGGAGCAUGCAGGACACCAACUUCGAUGGCCGUUUCUCUCACGGCACUUCGUCUUUAGAGGAUGACGCCAGCUUCGAUGAUCACCAUGACACGAGCGCAUCGGAGGCGACGCUCAUACAACGAGGGGAAAUUCCACACACAAAUGUGAUGCACACGGCAGGCCCGGCAAGGGAGACAAAGAGGCGAGGCAGUCGACGAGCAAUGCCACCUACGCCACGCAUGAUUCCCUACCCAACAACGCGCCCACAGGGCGCUUCCGGAUCCAUUCUAUCUACAGCCGAAGCCUCGACCUCACAGACUGUGAUGUCUGAGUCAUCGAUAGCUAAACCCUCGCCUAUCAAGCUAACGGAGGACAUUAUCGUCCAGACCGUGAAAACGGCCAUGAAAUUGGUCACGCGUGAGUUAUUCGGGGAGCAAGCGAUGUCGAAUUACAAAGCCGCAAAGAAGGAUAUGUUGACCUGGGUGAUCUGGGAUUCGGUACCAUGUUGUUUUGGGCCUAACGCUAUGUUUGAAGAUUUUAUCUGUAACAAACAUCGUAGAGACGUAGCAAAUGCGUUGUCGAUAACGCGUGGGAAGUUCUCUGAAUUCGCGCGCGAGGGCGUCUUCAACGGGUACCGAUUUUUCCCUCCACAGCACAGUGUCACGCCUCCCGUCACCUAUCGCCAACGCGUAAUCCAAAAGAUUACAACUGAUGCCGAUGGACUUGUUUUCAUGCACAUCUACACUUUCGACCAAAACGGGCAAGUCGAAAUCAAGGCGAAGUUCCAAAACCCUUUCGUCAUGUCCAACGCCAUCCGUUUUGCUUGGUUUGGGUCCCACCAGGAAUUUCUUGGCGACACGGAAGAGCAGCAAAUUGAACGUUUGAAAGUGAUCUGGGCGCUCACUGGCACUGCGACAUUCUGCAGUCUAGACGAACAGUCGGACGCUCACGUGAAAGUUGAUCGUUUCGGUGGAUCGGCGUACAGUCGCAAAUUCGACGCCAUUCUAGCCGCGAUCAGAAACCUCACCGAGGACGAGCUAGCAGAAUUUCAUGAUUUUCUAUGGUAUGUACUGCAUGGAGUAUCAAUGGAUGGACUCGGUAACAGUCACUUUGCACGAGUCCAAGAUAUGUGCAAUGUGGAGUCAUCUGCGUUCGGUGUGUCUUUGUCGCUGAUCAAUGAACUGGCUUGUCCGGGUCCGCCUAGCAUGGAACGGGACUAG